UGUCAAUCGUCAUAACCUACAAAUUUUUACACUUUUCCAUUGUUGGAUGUUUAUUUUUCCAUUUUCCUUUCAAACAUUGUGAAAUAUUUCCAUUUUGAAAAUUCCCGUCACGAUGGACUCUGAAGAAGCGAUAAACGCCGCCGAUUUCUUGCUUAGGGAAAAUAUUUCUGCAAAAGUUAGUACUACCAAAGUUACCACUAAACCCACUGUAGUUAAACAAGAAUUACAAUUCCUUCGAUUACCCGACUCAAUACAGGAACAAAUCUUAGACACUUUAAAGUACAUUCAUGGACCUGAUUUUAAACUUGGUAGUAUUUCUGCCUAUGAAGACACCAAAUCAAACUUGCUUAAGAAAUAUUGGGUUGGGCGAGGUAAUUUGGUGGUUAAGGGGGGUUGUGAUUAUUCCCAAAUUAAGGAGGGAAGUUCAGAGGAAGAGGAAAGGCUUAAGAUGUUUGCCUUAAUGAGACUUCAAAGUUAUGGUUUCCAUGAAAAUCAUUGCAUAGAAGCAUUUCAAUAUUGUGACAACUGUGUUGAAGAUGCUUUAUACUUAUUAUAUACAAAAUAUUUAAAAGUGACAGAAAAAGAGCCUGUAGUACAUGAUUUGACUGAUAUAGAUUUAACUGAUAUGCGAAUAGAUGAGAAAAGCUCUCUAGAAUCAAUUUAUGAAUCUGCAUUUAGUGAGAAAGUUGAGGGAGUCUGGAUAAUUAACUUGAAAAUCGAUUAUUUAUUUAACAUGUUUCAUAAGAAAGCACAACCAAAAAAAAUCAUCCAACCUGAUAAAAAACCAAAGGAAAAGUGUAAAAAUUUCUUAAGGGGUCAACCAUGCAAAUUCGGGAACAAAUGUCGCUUUUCACAUGAGCCAUUGCCAGUGGAAAAUACCGACAAUAACCAUUUAACAUCGCACUAUUUCGAACUGGAGUUUCGCUUUCCCAAACGUUCGAAAUACCCCUACGAACCCCCGUUAAUUUUCUUAAAAAGUGACGUAUGUCUUCCACCACUAAUGUCACUCCACAUAUGCAAAAAACUCUAUCAGGAAGCGGAAAUCCUCGCUCUAGACGGCAUCCCGAGCGUUUACAGCGUCACAGAACUUUUAAAAAACGAACAAGAAAUGACCGAACAUCUCAAGGGCGACAUCGAGUUUAUUGACUACAGGCAAAAGUUGUUUUCCGGUGAGAAAAUCUUGGAAAAUCGCAAACUAUUGCCAAAACAUUAUCGCAAAGGUGUUACGAACAGGGAUAAAAAAAAACAAAUGACUUCCGAGGAAAUCCGGAUCGAAGACGAGCGGAUCAUCAGAGCUUUCGAGAAACGGAAAUCCGAUUUAAGUUACAAGGUGAUGCUGAAAGCGAGACAGAAUCUUCCGGCGUGGACUUUGAAAAAUGACAUUUUAAACACCAUCAGGCAAUUCCAGGUGGUGGUGAUCAGUGGGGAGACAGGAUGCGGUAAAAGCACCCAAGUACCCCAGUUUAUUUUGGACGAGUGGAUUUCUGCUGCCGACUAUCGACAUUUGGAAAUUGUGUGUACGCAGCCCAGGAGGAUAUCUGCCAUUGGGGUAGCUGAAAGAGUUGCCGAAGAAAGAAUCGAACGAAUCGGGGCGAGCGUGGGCUACCAAAUAAGACUCGAAAGUAAAAUAUCUGCCAGUACAAGGCUGACAUUUUGCACCACCGGUAUCUUAUUGCGUAGAUUAGAAGGAGAACCCUCGCUGCCAAACGUAACUCACAUUAUCGUGGAUGAAGUCCACGAAAGAAGCGAAGAAAGUGAUUUUCUUCUACUAAUCCUAAAAGAGCUCCUACCACUCAGACCGGACCUGAAAGUGAUACUUAUGAGUGCCACUUUGAACGCCAACUUGUUUUCGCAGUAUUUCGGGGAAAUACCGGUCAUCAGUAUUCCCGGUAGGACUUUUCCCGUGGAACAAUAUUUCCUGGAAGAUAUAUUGGAGGAAACUGGUUAUGUACUGGAAGACGGGUCGGAGUAUUGCAGGAAAAUAAAAAACGAUCAGGAAUACGUCGAGGCGAUGAUGGCCGAGUAUGAUUUGUCCGUUGAUAAACCCCGGGAUAAUAUUAAAGACGAAAAUUUAUCGGUGCGACAAAUGAUGGCCAGAUACGAAGGUUUUAGCAUACGUACAUGUAAAAACCUCUUUCUAAUGGACAGCGAUAAAAUCAAUAAUGAUUUAAUAGAAAACGUUUUAAUGUGGAUUGUUUCCGGAAAACAUAAUUAUCCUAAAACUGGGACCAUUUUAAUAUUUUUACCUGGUAUCGGGGAGAUAACCGCCCUCUAUGAUCAAUUGGUGGUACACGAAGAGUUUGGAAAGCGUAAAGGGAAAUAUAUAAUUCUUCCUUUACACUCGUCGUUGACUAGUGAAGAGCAAGCUGCGAUUUUUAGAAAACCGAGAAACAAAGAACGAAAAAUCGUAAUCUCGACCAACCUGGCGGAAACCUCGGUAACAAUCGACGACUGCGUGUUCGUCAUCGAUUCCGGUAAAAUGAAAGAGAAACAUUUCGACUCGAACCGGAACAUGGAGAGUCUGGAAACCGUGUGGGUGACGCAGGCGAACGCGUUGCAGAGAAAAGGAAGAGCGGGUCGCGUCAUGCCCGGAGUCUGCGUCCAUUUGUACACGCGGCAUCGGUUCAAGCACUAUUUCCUGCACCAACCGAUACCGGAGAUCCAUCGGAUCCCUUUGGAACAACUCGUCUUGAACAUUAAGGUUUUGCCAGGGUUUUAUGAGAGGGAUGUUUGUGAUGUUUUAGGUUCCUUCAUAGAACCACCCACGGUCGAAAACAUUUUGUCGGCAAUAAAACGACUGGAGAGUGUGGGAGCGUUGGAUAAAGAGGAAAAUUUAACGCCACUGGGGCACCAUUUGGCCGCGUUGCCGGUAGACGUGCGAAUCGGCAAAUUGAUGCUCUACGGGUCGAUGUUCGGUUGCGUAGAUGCCGCCUUGACGAUGGCCGCAUGUUUGAGUUAUAAAAGUCCGUUCGUAUCGCCGUUCGGUAAAAGGGAUCAAGCGAAUGCCAAGAAAUUGUCCUUUUCCGCUGGGUUUAGCGAUCAAGUUACGGCAUUGAUAGCUUAUAGGAAAUAUUUGAGUUUAGCCAAAAAAAGCGCGGCGGCAGCCCGCAAUUUCGCCAACGAGAACUACCUCUCCUACAAAACCCUACAAACCAUAGCGGACAUAAAAUAUCAAUUUCUAGAACUAUUAGUGGAUAUCGGCUUCGUACCGGUUAACUUAACCGGAAAACGUAGAAGAACCGGCGACGAUGUCGUUACGGAUGUGACCGGAUCAGACUUUAACGUAAACGGCGAAAAUGUGCGAUUAUUAGCCUCGAUUUUAUGUGCCGCCCUCUAUCCGAACAUCGUGAAAAUCCUGACGCCCUCAAAAACGUUCAUUCAGAGCGCGGUGGGGGCCGUACCGAAGGAAAACGAGGCGAAAGACAUCAGGUUUGCUACACCAAAAGAAAUGGUUUUUAUGCAUCCCAGUUCGGUAAACUACACAAUAAAAAGUUUUCCCAGUCCGUACAUGGUUUACCAAGAAAAGGUGCGCACCAGUAAGAUUUUCUUUAGGGAUUGUACCAUGGUACCAAUUGUUCCUUUGGUCUUAUUCUCUGGAGAUUUGGAUAUUGUUGUGCAGAACGGUAGUACUUUUUUGACGUUGGAAGACGGUUGGAUUCUGUUUCAAGUUGAAGAACAUAAGGUUGCUGAAAUGAUAAAGAUGAUUCGCAUCGAGCUUUAUAACUUAUUAGAAGAAAAGAUCAGGGAUCCUCUGUUAAAUUUACUGCACAACGACCACGGCGAACGGGUCAUCUCGGCCAUUUUAAAAUUGGUCAAUUUGUGAUAACGAUGAUUGAAAACAAAAAUAGAGAAAGUUUGUAUAAUUUGUACAUAUUAUUUAGAUCACUUGUUAAGUUUAACGUGUUUUAUGGUUGUUUAUUAAUAAAUCCAUAUUUUUGUACAACAUUAAA